AUGCCGAAUAAAUGGACGGAGGAUAGUAGUAAGCAUUUUAUCGCUGGCGGGCUUGCUGGAAUAAUUGAAGUUUGUUUUGCCCAUCCUUUUGAUUGUGUGAAAACUCGUGUUCAAAUUGGUCAAUAUAAUAGAAUUAUAGAAUGUUUGAAAUCCACAAUUAAGAAUGAAGGAUUUUCUGGUUUUUAUAAAGGUCUUUGGCCUCCUUUAAUUAUAGAAACACCUAAAAGGGCAAUUAAAUUUACAAGUUUUGACUUUUUUCGACGUGCAUUUUGUGCAGCAGAUCAAUAUUUACCUGAAUGGACUAGAUUCUCGCUAGCUGGUCUUUUUACAGGAUUAACAGAAGCUUUGCUAGUUUGUCCAUUUGAAGUUGUCAAAGUUAGAUUACAAUCAGAAUUAAAUAUUCCUCGUUCUAUGCAAAAAAGUUGGAAUUCUAUAGCUCUUCAAAUAAUUCGUGAACGGGGUUUUGGAACUAAUGGGCUUUACUUAGGAGUAGGUCCAAACCUUUGGCGGCAUGGAGUUUGGAAUAGUUGUUAUUUUGGAAUUUAUCAUAAUUUGAGGUCUUUUCUUUCCAACCCUUUUUCUACCGAAAAUGAUCAAAAAAUUGGCUUAUUCUUUCGUUUUUCAAUUGCUUCUUUUUCUGCAAUUAUUGCUAAUUUGGCAAAUAUUCCUUUUGACGUUGCUAAAAGUAGAAUACAAGGACCUCAACCUUCAAAAGAUCGUUAUUAUUUUACUACAUGGCAAACAAUUAGCCUUGUACAACAACAUCAGGGGUUUUUGUCAAUUUAUAGAAGUUUAUCUCCGCUAGCCUUUAUUUUUGGUUUAGGAGGUGGUUUGAUGUUAGUAACCUAUGAAAAUAUAUAUUCUUGGCUUUGUUUUAACCAAAAAGAGAAAAAUGAAAAGCAAAUUGUCUCCAACUGUUUAUCAACACCGCCGGCCGCAGAUAUUCUUUAA